GGAUACUCGUCGUAGUCGUAGUGCACGCUCACGAAUGAAUGAUGGAGUGGCUUAGACGCAGUCUUUCGAGGAGUCCCAGAAAUGGCGAAACCUCAAAAACCCAAACACAAUCCAACACCAAAGAACAAGAUCAACAACAACAACACAUGUUUGGAAUCACUGAGGAACUCAUCAACCUUGUGAAGUCCUUCACCAUUGACACCUUUAAGAAUUUCCCUCUCCAAGAUGAAGAUCAAGCUACUUAUGGUGAAGAAGCUCAGUCUACUACUUCAACCAAAGUUCGAAAGGAUCUCUCCCAGUGGCAAGAGAGACAUGCAGUCCUUGUACUCUCAAGUGUGAAGGAACUAUCUCAACUGAGAUUUGUACUGUGUCCACGCCAUUUGAAGGAAAAUGAGUUCUGGAGAAUAUACUUUAUACUCACCAGAAGCCAUAUUGCCGAAUAUGAGCUACGCGCCAUCCAACAGGAGAAACUGAAACGGAUGGCAACGGAGGAUGAAAAAUCUUCAAAUAACAGCCUGUACGAAAUUGAAAUGGCAGAAGCAAAGCAUGGGAGCAUAAUUGAGCCGCUACCACCUUCGUAGAAUGAAAGAAUUUACAUUCUUUGGUAGCUUGCAUAGAACAGACAGACAUAGUUGUGGAUCUUUACAUGAUGAUGGCUCUUGGGUAUAGAGGCUAGCUAUUUUUUAUGUUGAGAAGUUUGAGGUGCCAGACAUCAAAUCCAGAUGUCUGGCACGACUGUAACACCGUGGCACAUAGCUCAGUUUGCCUUAUUUUGUAUGACACGAUUCAUUUAUAUAAUUGGCACAAAUGUUAAAUUGACUAAUUAGUUUUGUUUAUCAUAUUUGUCCCUUAUCAUCA